UGUGAUGGCCAAAUUGACAAGUGCCUCUGCUUCAAGAUCAAAUCCAAGAUCGGUGGAGCCUCCCUCAACCCUCAAGACUUGAUGACACUCAGCUGUCCCUCAAAUGUUCUCUAAUAUUACUAUGUGUUGCGCUGGUUUCACGAAAUGAAUGAGGGCAGGAUGAGUGUGGUGUGUGGCAGUACUACUAUCACUACUACUACUACUACUACUGCUACUGCUACUACCACAACCACUACCACCACCACUACCACUACUGAUACCACCACCACCACUGCCCUUACUGCUAUUGAUGGUGAUGGAAGUGUAUGUCUGGUGUGUGAUGCUCAGGUGAAGCUUAUUCCUCUACCAUCCCUUCACCUGCUUCUUCAUGGCACUCCGAGCAAUGCAGCACAUCCUCUCAGCCCUUCCCUCGCACCAUUACUACAAGAAGCUAUCCACACACCCUUGCCACAGUGUCAGGCAGAGUUGCUGGUGUGUCGGCGGUGUCUGCGCCUGCUGGAGGAGUGGGAGAGGCUGCUGCAGAGGAGUGGCAAGAUCAAACGUUCCCUCCUGUCUUACUACAACGCAGCUCUCGGCAGAAGACUCAACACAGACAGAGAUCAUGCUACCACCACCACCACCACCACCACGAGCCCCGUCCCCCUUGAGUGGCUGAAGGAGGAGGUGUCGGAGGAUGAGAGUGUGUUCUGCCUGGAGGAGGAGCUGCGACCAGAAGACCAAGGCAUUCGAGAAGAUGACCCAGAAUUUGACCCAGCUUUGGAGAGCGCUUGGUUCAGGAGAGGGAGAGGGAGAGGGAGAGGCAGAGGACGGAGAAGAGGAAGAGGCAGGGGGCAUGGCAGAGGGAGGAGCAGGGGCAGGCGUGGCAGGGGGCGAGGGAGGGGCCCUGGUAGACCCCCUAAGAGAACCAAAGUCGAUGUACUGCCCAGUGUUUGGAGGGAGAACUUGCUGAGAGGAGAGCUGGCCGAGGUGGUGAAGGUGAUGGAUGAAGGGGAAGAAGGAACGCCAGCAGUAGAGAAGGAAGAUGUGCCGGAAAUCAAGAAGGAAGAAGAGGAGGAGAAAGAGGAAGAGGAAGAAGAGGUAGAGGAGGAGGAAGAGGAAGAGGACAGGCCAUCUAAGAUGGCCAGAAUAUCCACACCUACCUACUCCUGUCCCUACUGCCACUUCACCGCCCCCACCCCCCAGACUCUCCACGCCCACAAGUCCGCACUCCACCGCAACAUGGACUGUCCGCACUGUGGCAAGCUUCUGUCCACCUGGUGGGCGUACGAGAGGCACCUCCUCCACUUCCACGCUCCACCAACGCUAGAGGAGAUAAAAAAGGAGAAUGUGGAGGAAGGAGAGGAAGAGGAUGAGGAGGAAGAAGAGGAGGAAGAUGAGGCAGGAGGUGUAAGGAGGAGGAAGAGGAAGAGGAAGAAGAUUCAUAAAUGCGAGACAUGUGGCGAUGUGUUCAGAUCAAGACCAGCACUCACCUACCACACUGCCACAAAGCACUCCAGUGUGAUGUACUCCUGCGGCCAGUGUGGGGCAGCCUUCCCUCACCGGUCCCUGCUGGCGUCACAUUCCCUCAGACAUGGUGAGAGGAAAGUCAUGUGUGAUCGCUGUGGAAGAAAAUUUUUUACCCAGAAGCAACUGAACUGCCAUGAGAACUUAUUCCACCGUCGAGCGCAGAGCUAUACAUGCAACAAAUGUGGGACUCGUUUCUCCACCCUGCGAGUGCUGCGUCACCACAUCCGCUCGCUGCCAAACCACCACUACUACUGCCAGGAGUGUAGUGUCGCAUUUCAGCUCUGGACACAGUAUUUGACCCAUCUGCUAACCCAUGGCCUGCAGUGUUCCAUAUGCCACAGAUCCUUCACCACAGCCUCCGCCGCGCACCACCACUACCGCACGUGCCACUCGCCGAACAGUGCCCUGAACCAUGAGAGAAUCCACUACAUCCACACACACUCAAAACUGCACAGUGAAACGGAUGUGCUGGAUUUACGAGAUGACAUUACGUUGAAUGAGAAGGCGGAUUUGGAUGAGGAAGGGAGUGUUGUGAUAGUGUUGUCGAAUGGUGGUGAGGAUGUGGGUGUGGAUGGGUGUGUGGGUGAGGUGGGGGUAUCUUUGCCUGUUGGGGUGGAUAAGAGGAUGUUUAUGGUGGAGGACGUGGAAGAAGAGAGUCUAAAUGGUGUUGGUGCGGUGUGUGUGUCUGUGGCUGGGUCCUGCUAGUGUGUGUGUGUGUGUGUGUGUGGCAGUGAUUGGGAAGAGAGGAAUAUAGAUUUGGUGAUAUUGCUAAACUCACUCUCUCUCUCUCUCUCUCUCUCUCUCUCUCUCUCUCUCUCUCUCUCUCUCUCUCUCAUGUGGAUAUUUUGAGUCAUGGAUAUUGGAAGUGGACAGCUGUGUGUGUGGAUGGGCGAAUGGAUACAUGUUUUGCCUCAAUGCUAACUUGACUUGUGUGGAUAAAAUGUGGAUAUUAUUUUUUGUUUUUCAUGUGGAUUGCGAUGUGGAUAUUUUUGUGACGUACUUUGAUAUUGAAAUUUGUGUGUGUGGAUGUUUUUUGUGGAUUUGAUUGUUAUGGGUAUAAUGUGGAUAUCCAUAUUUGAGGCCAGUUUUAUAUAGAAUCUUAUCUGUGUGGAUAUUUGUUAUGGAUAUAUCAUUGGUGUGGAUAUUUCUUCAUAUUUUGUCAUUUUUAUAUAGAACUUUGUGUGUGGAUAUUUUUGUGGAUUUUAAGUGGUGUGGAUAAAAUGUGGAUAUUUUUCUAUACUUUGCUAUUUUUUACAUAGAAUAUUCUGUGUGUGGAUUUAUCAUUAGUGUGGAUAUGUGGGUAUUUUUUUUUUAUAUUUUCAGGUCUGUGUGGCAGAAUUGGAUAUUUUUGUGGGUAAGUGUGGAUAUAGUUUGGAAUCUCAAUUUUAAAACAAGAUUGUUUAUUUUAUUUUGUUUUGUUUUAAAUUUGUAGUUUAUAUUAAUUUUAUAAGAAUUUUACAAGUGGAUCUCUCUCUCUCUCUCUCUCUCUCUCUCUCUCUCUCUCUCUCUCUCUCUCUCUCUCUCUCUCUCUCUCUCUCUCUCUCUCUCUCAACAUUAUUUUUUGACAAUUUCUAAGCAAAUGUUUAUUUAUCAUUGGUGUGGAUAUAAUGUGGAUAUUCCUUCAUAUUUAGUCAUUUUAAAUAGAAUUGUGUGUGGAUAUUUGUGGAUUUAUGAUUGAUGUGGAUAUGUGUGGAUAUUAAUUCAUUGUGUGUGUGUAUGGAUAGGAGACUUUAAUAUAUAUUCUUUAGACAGAACUGUGAGGAUAUUAUUGUUAUUGUUAUUAUUUUAUUGAUAUUUUAUUUCUCUCUCUCUCUCUCUCUCUCUCU